AUGCCCUCCGGAGACAGCCUGCAGCGGCUCCGCACCCUUCCCAGAGCCCCGGCGCCGAACGACGAUGCGGCGACGGUGAAGAGCAAUCUGCCACAUCAGGACGUGGAGCUGCUCCAGAACAUCCUCGCGUACCAUGUCGCGCACCAUCCAGGCAGCUCCGUCUUCGGCAACAGCCACGCGAAUCGCCUCAGGCUCACCGAAGCAUAUGUGCGACCCCGCCAAGAAGUCCGCGACGCACCUCAGCGAGACUCAGACAGUUCCCGUCAGGCUCCAGGAACGCAGAAGGCGCGCCCGAAAGGGGACGAGCUCGAGGCCGUCACGGUGUGCGAGAUCGUGGUCGAAGAAGACAUGCUCAACGUCCAUGGCGCACUCUCGGGGGCCUGCGCGACACUCCUCAUCGACAUAGGGCUGUUUUCGCCUCUCUUCGCGCUGGGUAUCGCGGCAGACAUCGACGCCACCGGCCUCUCCACAUCCAUGAACAUCGUCUGGCACGCCGUGGCGGUCCGGUGCGUCCCCGCGCGAGCGUCGGCCCGCCUGCCUCGAGCUAUCACCUACUGA